AUGGCCAAAUCCCUGGAGGUUUUGUUUUGUUGCGUGACUUUCUUCGUACUAACCGAUGCCGCCUUCAAAAAGAACUGUAAAUCUGAAGUUACUCACUCAGAAUUUGGCUUUGCUUUAAUAAAAUACAUUUACCAAUCAGUUGGUAAAAAGGAUUAUCAGUCAUGUCUGCAGGAGUGCAAAAACCACCAGUUGUGCAUCAGUAUCAAUUUCAAUCUCCUAACCAAUCAGUGCGAGUUAAAUUCACAGUCUAAAGAGUCACGCCCUCACCGCUUUGUGCCAAGGAUGCAUAACAUUUACUGUACAAAUAUUUUCUUCAGGACUCCUGAGCCAGUUAAAGGGAUGAAGGGGCUUCCAGGCAAAUCAUGUCUGGAUGUACUAGAGAGUGAUGAGUUUGUUGGUAACGGAACAUAUUGGAUAAAAUCCAACAACACCGGCAACCCAACACGGAAAAUCUGUCUUCUAGACAUUAAUGGAGUUAUGAACGAGAAGCAUGAUGACAGUGAAAGCGACGAAAACAGCGAAAGCAGAGACAACAGCGAAGGCGAAGAUGACAGCGAAGGGGGCGAAGACAGCGAAAGCGAAAGCGACGACGACAGUGAAAGGGAAAGCGACGACGACAGCGAAGACGACGACGACAGCAAACGCGACGAUGACAGCGAAGGCUGAGAUGACUUUUGUUACCGUUGCUAGAACUGCCACUAGCUAAUUUUUUUCUUACAGUUUUAUUAUUUCGUUGACGUGAAAUAAAUAAUAACGCAAGUAUCUAGAUAAAGAAUUAGGAAUAGACCCCUUGCAUUACGUGGGAAUGCGGCUCAAUUUGUAGGGCAACCAAUAGGUAACAACAACAAUAACAAUGAUAAUUUGUACCUAGAAUGACAACUACAACGAUUAUAUUUACAAAAUAUAAUCAUUUUAAAGAAUAUAGGUACUGGCCUUAACAUAUGAUUUAAAGUGCCUAUCACCCUUCUGACAAUAUUUACAGUAUUAAUUCCACAUGGGGUAAGAUGUCGAAUAGCACUAAAAAAUUGUCUAGUUUAAAUGCAGCUUCUUAAAGUUUUAAGAAUUUUUCCAUGCCAUAUGCUAAUGUUGUGACGUAAGAAGAGUAAUCACUUAAUAUACAAAACAUUACUGUCACAGAUAAAUUGCAUUUAAAAUCCAUCAUUGUUUUUCUCAUUGCUCUUAUACUGAUACAUUAUUAAGUUAGUUAGGAGUUAGUUUUCACAUAAAACCCGGUAUUUCGAAUUACAAGGAACAACAAAUAACCAUAAAUACCUCCUCAUACGUCACAGCAUCAGCAUAUGACAUGGAAAACCCGCUUUAUAACUUCAAGAAGCCGCUCUCAAACAAAGUUCAGCCACAUCAGCCCACGUGUCAUUGUUUUGAGAACAAGAUUUAAAAUGUUGUAUUUAUAUAUAUUCAUGUUAUGGAUGCCAUAAAUGAAUACAGUGGGGUAGAGUGUUUUUUUUUUUGUCGCAAGGCUUAUUUCACAUACUUUCAUUUAGGAGCAUUAUAUUAAAUUUUGUUCUUUAGUAAUGUGGCUCAGUUUCCAUUGGGGAUCACAGGGAGCUCACUUUAGAAGAAACUGCUAGGCGAAAAUGAAAUAUUGGUUGAAAAAAUAUCAUUUAUUAUUCAGUUAAAAGUAUGGGUUAGAUGUUAAAAGAAUGCUAAAUAAUACAUGCAAACAAGAAAACAAUGCAAAAUAGCGUAAGUGUUCUUGCUGCUCCAACGAGUUUACCUUGUUUGGGCUUCCUGUCCACGCCUUCGAAAGGCCACUCUGAUUAUUCGGGAUACCUGUGUUGUUGUCACGUGACUUCUAACGGCAGCAUGCGCGCGCUAAGGCGCCAUUUUGUGCAAGACGCUGAUAAGAUGUUGGAUUGUUGGCUUAAAGUAAUUGGAAAAAGCGAUAAAUGAAAACCAGAAAAGGCUGUAAUGGUGAAAACUGUUUUGUGGAAGCUUCAUCUUAAGGAAUUACGAGGAAAUGUGCCCACGAGUUGAAGGAAUGAAGGUACUUUUAGCUCGCAGUUCAAGUCAGUUGGCCCACACCGUUUAGCCCACAACCGUAAGUCUGUUCGCCCACACGAUAUCAUGUCACAUAAAUGUACACUUGAAAAGCUUUAUGAAAUAGAAUUUAUGUAAUUUUAAGUCCAUAAAUAGAUAGAAUUAAUGGGUAAGGAAAAAUACCAAGAAAGACUGAAAAGGCAUUGGCUAUUUGCUGAGUUAGCGGUUGAGUUGAGUUUGAGUUGAGUGGUGGGAGGCUUUUACCUGGUCAAGAAAAUACUUCUAAUUCCAUUUUCCGUUGAAAAUAUGCUUCAAAUUGCGAAAUAGCUGAAUGUUUAUACCAUUCCACUCCACUUUCUUUUUAUCAAACAAUUGCCGAGACAAACUAAACACCGAGUUGAGAGCCGAGUUGAGAGCCGAGUUGAGAGCCGAGU